ACCCAUGGCCCUUUCUGUACGCCAUGUUGAAGCCACUCUCUGGUCCAUAUCCCUCAGCAAGUUUAUAGGGAAGGACCUUGAAUUUAGAGGAAGUUCAUGCAGAUUUGGUUAGAGUAGCAUGCUCCAACUUAAUUCUUCCAUCCCUUACUUGAUUUUUUCUGCCUAGGAACAAGGAGAUGGAUGCCCCAAUCAGUGCUUCCCAGGGAGCCAUGAGGUCCCUUCCUGGUAAGCUGGAUUCGUUGAUAUCGGGACACAAGCACAACCUGCGGCCAGAGGAGAAGAACAAGCUCUGCAUCCUCCAAGGUGAUCUUCAGGGACUAAUAGACAACUACCUGCUGGAGCCAUCAGAGGUGGAGUUCCCUGCUUCGACGGCCAGCUUCUGGAUGAAAGAUGUGCGCGACUUGUCAUACGACAUCGAUGACUUCCUCCACGAGCUCGCCCAAGCCGGCACUAGUGGUUCUAGGAUCAGCGUCCAGACCCAAAAACUCCCCCGCAUUAAAAUCUCCCGAAUUCCGGAUAAGCUGAAAAAGCGCAAAUGGAUCGCCGACGAGAUCUUGGGAUUUAGGAGUCGUGUCAAGGAAGCAAUUCAACGGCACAUAAGCUAUCUUGGUGACUGCAAGUGGCGUCCUAGCAGCAGCAGCGGUCAGCUGGGUGAAUGGAAGAACCCUUCAACACCAUGUAGCAUUCGCCUUGUUGGUGUGGAGAGUUCCAUCAAACAGCUUUGCGGCAGGCUGGCAAAUGAGGGACAGCCAGAGCACAAGGUGGUGUCCAUUGUUGGAACUGGUGGGGUUGGUAAGACUACCCUCGCCAAAGAAGUGUACCGUAAGCUUGGGGGUCAAUUCGAGUGCCGGGCUUUCGUGCAGACAUCGCGAAAACCAGACAUGAAGGGGCUCCUUACCAGCAUACUCUCUCAAGUUUGGCGGCACCAGCUCCCCGAUUCUUGUGAGGUGCAUAAAGUGGUCUUAAAGAUCAACCAACACCUGCAAGAUAAAACGUACAUAAUUGUAAUUGAUGGUCUGUGGGCAUCAUCAACUUGGGAUAUUAUUAAUUAUGCUUUGCCAAAGGGAAACUAUUGCAGUAGAAUAUUAACAACGACCGAAGUUGACGCUAUAGCUCAGACAUGUUAUGCAGAUACCUCCAAAUAUAUGUCUUCAAAGAAAGAAGGUAACUCCAAGUAUAUAUUCAAGAAGGAACCGCUUAAUGAAGAUGAGUCGAGAGAACUUCUAUUAAGUACAGUUUUUGGCCUUCAAGCUGAAUGUCCUCAGGGCCUAAAGGAAGUUUCAAAUGAAAUUAUAAAAAGAAGUGGUGGCUUGCCGCUAGCAAUUAAUAUAUUGGCCAGUCUCUUGGCACGUCAGCCAGCCAGCAGCCUGGAGCACUGGAAUUACAUAAAGAAUUCACUGAGUUCCUGUUUGGCUGCAAACAAUAGUUUGGAAGUGAUAAACCAAGUUCUCAACGUUGGCUACGACAAUCUUCCCCACGGCUUGAAAGCAUGCAUGUUAUAUCUGUGUAUGUAUGAAGAGGACCGUGUAAUCCUGAAGGUUGAUUUGGUGAAGCAGUGGAUGGCUGAAGGUUUCAUCUGCGCUGUGGAAGGGGACGAUGUGAAGGAAGUUGCACGAAGAUAUUUUGAUGAGCUUGUUAGAAGGGGAAUGAUCCAGCCUGUGGAUGUCAACUGCAAUGAUGAAAUUCUAUCAUGUAAAGUGCACCACAUAAUACUUCGCUUUAUUCGAUAUAAGUCCAUAGAAGAAAAUUUCAUCCUUGCAGUAGAUCAUUCUCAGACUUCUAUAAGACUUGCUGACAAGGUUCGUCGGCUCGCCCUCCACUUUGGCAAUGUUGAAGAUGCUACACCGCCAGCACUGGCGAGUAUGCAACUAUCAAAAGUUCGAUCACUUGCCUUUUCUGGAUUGCUCAAGUGCAUGCCUUCGAUUGUUGAGUUCCGGUUUCUUCAGGUUCUGGUCCUUAAAUUAUGGGCUGAUCGUGAUAAUAGGAGUGACAUCCUUAUUGGAUCUGAUGACCUGAGUGGCAGCAUCACUAAUCCUGAUGACUUGACUGACAACCCCACUGAACCUGAUGACGUCAGUUAUAGCCUUACUGAAAUUUCAGAACUCUUCCGACUGAGAUACUUUCGUCUUGAUGCACGUCAUUUGAGUGUGGAGCUUCCAACCCAGAUGCAACGGCUGAAAGAUUUGGUGGCAUGGGAAAUUGAUGCCGAAGUAACAUCAGUUCCAUCAGAUAUUGUUGAUUUGCCAGGCUUGUUCUACCUCAGUAUUCCUAGCGAGGUUCAUCUGCCCAGUAGUAUUGACCGCAUGACAUCUCUUCGCACUCUGGGAAUAAUCGAUCUGGGAAAGAACAUAACAGAAGAUUUUAUGAGCCUUGGUGAGCUGACUAAUCUCCAGGAUCUUCGUCUAACAUGUUCCAUGUUGCAGCCUGAUAACCUGGAAAAAAACUUGGAAUGCCUGGGCUCGCUAAUUAGGAAACUAAGCAAUCUCAACUGUCUAACUCUGGUACCUGCAGUCUCCUCUCAUAUGAAUAUUCAGAAUCAUGAUGGUGCUUCAAUCAUGAGCAUUUCCUGGCAUGGCUUCACCAUCGAGCGCCAUUCUCCAGCUCAUCUUCAGAGACUAGAGUUGUCGUGGCGCUGCUGCUUCUUUUUCCGCCUACCUGAGUGGACAAACGAGCUUACCAAGCUUUGCGUUUUAAAGAUCGCACUUAGGAAGAUGUCAAGUGAAGAUUUUGCUAUUCUUAAAGCAUUGCCUUCCCUCACCGCUCUCUCGUUGUUUCUCUUGAUUUCCCCUGCGAGAAGGAUCAUGUUUGACAGUGAGGGAUUCCUGGUUCUCAAGUACUUUAAGUUUGUGUGUGCUGCACCAUGCCUGGCUUUUUUGGAUGGAGCAAUGCCCAAACUCCAAAAUCUGAAGUUAGGUUUCAAUGCUAGCAGAAUGAAGCAAUAUAGCUUGAUAAGUGCUGGGUUCGAGAGUCUGACUGGCCUCAACGAGAUCUCCACAAAAAUUGGGGGUGCCGGUGUUGAUGAAUGUGACAGAAGGUCUGUACAGUCUGUGUUGAUUGACACUGUUAGCAAGCAUCCUAGCACCCCCAUCAUGAAUGUGCAAUGGGUGGAUUGGAACUUUUGUGGUGAUGAAGAGAAGUAUGUAGAGAAUCAAAAAGAAAUAUGGAAGCAGACUCCUGAAAAACAAGGCCUGACCGCUGGUGAAAGCUCAGAUGAAUAUGGAAUUCAAGGAAAGAAUUUGGAGGAAGAUGCCAAGAAACAAUCUGAUAUAAGGACUUGUGCGAUACUGGAAUCCACCUCGUAUCUGCAGAAUACAGUCCAUAACGUUCUGGAGGAGUAUGAGCAUGAAUCUCGAAAGGGGGCCGGCCCUGCUGAAGGCAACCUGGGCGACGGGAAGGACGCAUCGUCGGUUGAGGAGGCAAUGUGGGUGGUGGAGCAGUGGGACUUGCCGGCCACAAGGGACAGGCUUGUGUUCGAGUCACCGGAGAACGCCAAAGAGUACCUCACCGCAGUUGCUUGCCUCACGAGCGUGGCUGGGGCAGGCGUGGAGGCAUGGCUGCAGAUCGCGAUGGCACGGCUUGAGGAGGAGUUCCGCCAGCUGUUGAUCCGUGGGACGACGUCGCCCACUGCAGAGAAUCUGCACACGUCCGCCUUUCCCGGGUUCUCGCCUACCAUAUCUACCUUCAGUUCCACCUCCUCCAUCGACAAUUUCGGUGAGCUAGACGAGCCUGUUGGUUGGGACACAUGGAGCUCGGUCUCCGACGGUGAAAUCUCAUCUUACUUCAUUUCCCCAGAAACCAUCAGCACCUUCAAAGACAUCGCAGACGUCAUGCAUAGCUUGCCAUACCUCAUUUUUCCGUACAUCGUUAGCAUGCUCAAGGACAUCGCGGAUGUUAUGCUGCAUGCUGGCCAUGCGCUGAAGCUUUGCCAGGUCUAUGGCGAGGUGCGCCAGGAAAAGCUUAUAGAGUGCCUCACCGUUCUUGGGGUUGACAAGAGGAGCCUGGAGGAGGUGCAGCGUAUGGAAUGGGUCACCCUCAAGGACAAGAAGUACAAAUGGAUUCGGGCACUCAAGGUGGUUGUCCAGGGACUUCUAGCCGAGGAGCGCCGCUUCUGUAGCCAGAUUUUCACGGCUGAUGCUGACAUAAAGGAAGUGUGCUUUACUAAGGCAGGCAAGAGCUGUGUCCUGCAGCUGCUUAGCUUUGCUAAUAACAUUGCAGUUGGGAAGAGAUCGGCCGAGAAGCUGUUCAGUACCCUUGAUAUGUAUGAGGCACUAGCUGAGUUGCUGCCAGAGCUCGUGGUCUUGUUCUCAGGCGAAGCAAGGGAUUUUAUCAAGGAAGUAGCAGAGCCGACCCUUGAGAGUCUAGGGGAUACAGUGCUUGACACACUUGCUGAGUUAGCCAAUGCGAUACGUGGGCAUACUGAUUGUAGAUCACUGCCAGACGGCGGUAUCCACCAGUUGACACGAUAUGUCAUGAUCUAUUUAGUACGAUUGGUUGCAGACUACAGCCGCUGGUUGCAUCAUCUUCUUGAUGGCCAUGAGACUGAUCAGCUGGAAAAUACGGGUAUGACUCCUUUGGGACACAUGAUGAUGAUGCUGAUUACACAUCUGUGGGACAAGAUUGAGGACAAAUCGGAGCUGUAUGAUGAUGAGGCGCUACAGAACAUCUUUUUGAUGAACAAUCUGUACUACAUUAUGCAGAAGGUGAAUGAUUCAGAACUAAAGAGUCUGCUUGGGAAUAAUUUGAUCUGUAUACGCCCUGGUCAGUUAACAGUGUACUCCGAAAGGUACUUCCAGUCCUCAUGGAUAAGGGCAAUAACUUGUCUGACAGAUGAUGGUUUGCCACAUACAACAGGAUCUUUGAGUGCAAUCAAAGGUGCACUGCAAGAACGGUUCAAAAGUUUCAACCUGAUCUAUGAGGAGAUAUGCAGGACGCAGACAACAUGGAGUGUUGUGGAUCCUCAGCUAAGAGAGGAAUUGCGAAUUUCCAUCACAAAGAAGCUCAUUCCAGCAUACCGUUUGUUUGUUGAAAGGUACCGAGGUCAGCUGGGGUCAAGGAAUUUCGGUAAAUAUGUAAAGUACAGUCCCCAGGAUUUGGAGGAACAAAUGUUAGAUUUAUUCGAAGGGUAAAGCUCGACUGAUUGAUCAUUAUGUAUACGGUCCGAAGGGUGUUUGUAUCAAUGUUAGUGGUGGUUACAACUUACAACUCUGUACCAAGAUUUUAAUUUUUACUCUUUUCUGCCUGACAUAGAUAAGCAUCACUUUAUCUGGUGAUGUGUAGGCACGUAGUGCUGAGUAAAUGCUAAAUGUGAUAUCUUCUGUCACAUUGCCACCA